GUUUUAUUUAUUUGUUUUUCUUUUCUGGUUGUUGACAGGUUACUUACAGGCUGUAGGCAAACUGCACUGUGUGCUUGUUUUCCUGGGUUUUCCUUCUCUCAGGACAUUCUGCUUCCUGUGAGUCAGCCACUGAACUCUGAACUUACUCUUGUCGCGUUCAGUGUCUGUGCACAUAAACUGCUGCUGGCUGACGUCCCUGUGCAGCUCUGUGCCUUGCUUUGCUCUGACAAGGCUCGCUCUGUGCUGCCCAGCUCCUAUUCUUUGUUCAGUCUUGGGUUUCGACCGCAAAUAUCUUCAGCUAGGAAUCAGACGGACAGAAAUGAGGAGCCCAGGAGACCAAGACAAUGUUUCAGUUUCCCAGGGUGUUCGAAUGAUGUUUUACAUGAUGAAACCCAGUGAAACCACCUUCCAAACUGUCGAAGAGGUGCCUGAUUACGUUAAAAAGGCAACUCCAUUUUUCAUCUCCUUGAUUCUACUCGAACUAAUCCUCAGCUGGUUUCUCAAGGGGAAGCCACCAGGUCGCCUGGAUGAUAUUCUGACAUCCAUGUCAGCUGGUGUUGUCUCUCGGCUUCCAAGUCUGUUCUUCAAAAGCCUUGAAGUGACCAGCUAUAUUUAUGUCUGGGAGAACUACAGACUUUUCGAUUUGCCUUGGGAUUCUCAGUGGACAUGGUAUUUAACCUUUCUAGGAGUUGACUUUGGCUACUACUGGUUCCACCGCAUGGCCCAUGAGAUUAAUAUUAUUUGGGCUGCACACCAGGCACACCACAGUUCUGAAGACUAUAACUUAAGCACAGCACUGAGACAGUCUGUCUUGCAGCCAUAUACUUCGUGGAUUUUCUACUCUCCCUUGGCCCUCUUCAUACCACCUUCAGUGUUUGCUGUUCAUAUUCAAUUCAAUCUCCUGUACCAAUUUUGGAUCCACACCGAGGUCAUCAGAAGCCUCGGCCCCUUGGAACUGGUCCUCAACACUCCCAGCCACCACAGGGUUCAUCAUGGCAGAAAUCGUUACUGCAUAGACAAGAACUAUGCUGGCACUCUUAUUAUUUGGGAUAAAUUGUUUGGGACAUUUGAAGCUGAGAAUGAACAGGUUAUAUAUGGUCUAACACAUCCCAUUGAUACAUUUGAGCCAUUCAAAGUUCAGUUUCACCAUUUACUCUAUAUAUGGAAUACAUUCUGGGCCACACCUGGAUUCUUUCAUAAGGUGUCUGUCCUAUUUAAAGGACCAGGCUGGGGUCCAGGUAAACCAAGACUUGGCCUGAGUGAAGAAAUUCCAGAGGUUACAGGACAGGAGGUCCCCUUGUCAUCAGCAGCAUCCCUGCAAUUAAAAAUGUACACCGUCCUGCAGUUUGCGGUGAUGCUGUCAUUUUACGAAGAGACCUUUGCAAACACGGAGGCACUGUCCCAAGUCACUCUGCUUCUAAGGGCCUCCUUCAUUCUCCUGACCUUGACAUCCAUUGGAUUCCUUUUGGAUCAAAGACCCACGGCAGCUAUUCUGGAAACUCUUCGCUGCCUGGUGUUCCUAACUCUGUUCAGAUUUGGUCACCUAAAGCCUCUUUUUCCAUCCUUGUCAUUUGUAUUCGAGAUGUGUUUGCAUGCGUGGCAGCUAAUUCAGGCCAACUGUCUUCAAACAUAUUCUCUGAAAUGGAGAUUUUCUUUUCGGUUUGUAUUGCUUUCUGGGGAGUCAGAAGCAUGAGACAACUUACCGCAGGAUCUCGGAAGCAGCCCUAGCACACAGGUCCCUCCGUCCUUCAGGUUGUCCAUGGCAUGUACUGCCACAUAAAGACUGUGGUCUUGCAUACUGCCUACAGGAACUACUUAGUUGAUGGAAAUGAAAGUACGUAUUUACCCAUGUUUUCACACUUGUUUAAUUUUGAAAUUAAAGUGAUUUAUAGUAUUUCCGCUUACUAAACGUCAAAUUCUUUUAUAUACACCGAGGCUGUAUUCAGUUUUCUUUCUGUAGCAAUGACAUGGAAAGAAAAUGUUGGGCUUUAAACACUUAAGACGUUGAAAAUUACCUUUGUCUUUCUUGGGGUGACACUGUUUCUUAAAUGUUUGCUGAAACUAUACUUAAACAUAUCUCUGUAGUCCUUAAAAUGUGUUGGAGGCUGCAUGAGCUGACAUUUGCCUUUGCAAACAAUUCAUUUGUAUUGCCACAUUACUUAAAAAUACAUCAAUGUGAUUAAAAUGUAAUAAUUGGAAAGAAUUAGUUUCUUUGACAUGCUAGUUUAUAAUACAUCCUUCUAAAAUGUUGAGUCAACUUGUUUCAACAGCUUGAAGAGUACAUUAUAUGUCAUGCUAUUUCAAAUUGACAGAAAAAUGUUAAUAAAAUUGUCUGAACAGAAGUGA